AUGGCGGCAGUCAGCAGCAUUGUCUUGCCUCAAAUUAUGCUUAUGGCGAUCAGUUGGGACGAUCUGAAGGUUCUAACAGAGGUCGGAGGUCUUUUAACGACAAUGGCACAGUACGAAUUUAAAUUACUUUAUCUGGCGAUAAGAAGAGAAAAAGCAUACAAACUGUACAAGGAACUGAGAAGUCUCUGGGACUCGACUGACGACCUUAAAGAAAGACAAUCUUACGAAGAAUUUGCUUACUGGGGAAGAAAGUUUACUCUAAUCUUCUACUCGUUCGGCGCUUGGACAGUGACCAUUUAUACUAUUACAGCAGUAAUUGAAUGCGUUAAGAUACGAUUGGCUAACAAUGAUAAUACAACUCGAACUUUACCAUUUGAAGUGUGGUACGGAACGGACGUCACAGAGACACCUUACUUCGAGAUCGCCUUCGCCUGUCAACUUCUAGCAGCCCAAAUCAAUUGUGCCGGAAUUUGGGGCAUUGAAACCUCAUGCAUGACCAUGAUCCUCCACGUAUGUGGCCAAUUUCGAUUGAUCAAUAAAUGGAUCAGAAAUAUUGGCACGGAAAUAAAUUCGAAGUCAAUAGACGAUUAUUGUAAUUGUCCAAAGAACGUGGAAGUAAACUUUAUCAAAUGUAUUCGUCAUCAUCAACGAAUGAUAAACGCGGUGAAUGAUGUUAAUAAUUUAUUAACCCCCAUCAUUUUCAUGCAACUACUGACGAGUGGAAUUAAGAUUUGUUUAAGUGGAUUUGCGGUAAUUAAUAACAACACCAGUGCCGAAUUAGUGAAAGCUGUUAUUUAUUUAAUUGGAAUGACGACGCAGCUUUUAUUGUGGUGUUGUCCAGGUGAAAUUUUGAUUCAAGAAAGUCAGCAAGUAGGGGAGAUAGCUUAUCUGAACGUACCAUGGUACAAAUUACCACCGAUCUACAGAAGACAACUUCUCUUAAUAAUCCUUAGGUCACAGAAGCAUUGCAGUAUUACGGCAAUAACUUUUCAAAGACUGUCAUUUCGCACUUUAACAAGCGUAUUCAAUACAGCCGCCUCUUAUUUUACUCUGCUGCGACAAAUGCAGGAAACACGAAUGUCAGUGUAA